ACUGGGCUCUUCAAAAUUUACAAUUUUAUGACCCAGAUGCGAUAAAGAGUAAACAAUUAAUUUCAGUUGCCAAAAAUCGCAUUACAGUAUACAUGGUAUAAUGCUAUUAAACUAAGAAUAAAUAAUGUCAAGCCGCUAUGGGCAAGAAAAGCACUUAAUAGUAGUACAAAGGACAUUUCUGUUCUUGUCAAAAUCAAAUUCCUUAACUCUAUUGGACUUUCAAGUGUUUGCACUUGUUUAAAAUGUGAGUUCUUAAAUUUUCAUUGUACUUUUAAAGCUCAACCUGAUGUAGAUUUCCCAUCUGACGAUUGCAUGCAGCCACCUCAGGUAUAUGUUUGUACUUUUAAUUUGGAAGCUUGUUUACAUGUUUGUCGGUUUAAUACGAUUCUCGUACAGAACCGUCCUCAGCAUAGUAGUUAAACAAGGUUUCUAAGCAUAGUUAAUGCAUCCUUUAAGACCAUGACAAUAUUUGCCGGGUCUGUAUGUUUAUCAGUCUGUUAAUCUCUCUAAAUGCCGGAUACAACAUAGGACAUUGACGAAACUUUGAAUACAAUAUUUUGUAGUGGACAAGUUGUGGUGAUCUUUAUGGAGUUGCAAACAAAAAGGGGGUUAUCGAAAUCGAACUAUGCAAAUUAAACGUUCACUAAACCUUUAAAUGUAAUGGUGUUAUCAUGUUAUACUCAAGGUUCGUCUUGGAAAGAAGUCUACGAGCAAGAAGUCUUCGAAACUUGAAGUUGGGAAAAUGGUUGCUACAUGUCUCGACCAGUACUCCGAUGAAUGGCCACAAGUUGGAGAGGUUACCAACAUCAAGGAAGAUACAGUUCACAUUCAUUGGUAUACAGGUACAUGAAUGGCCACAAGUUGAAGUGGUUACCAACAUCGAGGAAGAUACAGUUUACAUUCAUUGGUAUACAGGUACAUGAAUGGCCACAAGUUGAAGAGGUUACCAACAUCAAGGAAGAUACAGUUCACAUUCAUUGGUAUACAGGUACAUGAACGGCCACAAGUUGAAGAGGUUACCAACAUCGAGGAAGAUACAGUUUACAUUCAUUGGUAUACAGGUACAUGAAUGGCCACAAGUUGAAGAGGUUACCAACAUCAAGGAAGAUACAGUUCACAUUCAUUGGUGAUACUACAUGUAGAUCCCUUCUCGGAUGCAUGCAUGGAUAAUGCACUUUAUGUUCCAAGAGCCCUGUAAAUAAUAUGUUUAAUGUGUGUAGUAUAAAAUUAGUGAUAUUUUGUUUUUUACAGGAUUACCAAUGGUAAAUCAAUUGAGUUUGUCUUGCUAGUGUGAAUAAUGUAAGUAAAUGUAAUAAUAUCAAGCAGGCUUCCUAAAAGUGACUAUAAUAAUGAAUAAAUGACAUUAAUUUCAGAAAACUUCACAACAAAAGUGUGUUGCCAAGCAAUCAGUUUUUUUGCAUUAAAUAAAUUGUGUUCCUAAAACUUAAAAUCAUUCUUACAGGUCUUUACACUGUUUUGAUUAAAUUCCGCAGUAAAUGACAUUGCCCAAUUAAAAUUGCAGUUGGUACUGAGGGUUUAAAACGCCUUAAUGCAUCCAGCUUGUCUCAGGACGAACAAGAAAUCCCUGAGAAAUUAUGGUCUGUAUUUGAAGACCAGUUGCGCAUAAGCGUAAACUUUCGCAUUCAUAGGCUGGAGCUAAUGCGAUUUCGUCAAAAACCAAACAAAACGCUUGAUGAAUUUGCAAAUAGAUGCAAAGAAAAAGCUGGACAAUGCAAUUUUGAACCCUCUGAACUUGAUGAAUGUGUCGUAGAACUAGUGAUUGCCUCAACCCCACUAGACUCAUUUCGACACAGUUUGCUACAACAACCCAGUGGCUAUAAAAUUGAAGCGUUACUCGAGGAGGGGCGCCGCCAUGAGGCUGUAGAUUUUCAGGAAGCAGUUUAUGAAAAUAAUCAUAAUAGUGUGAAACAAUCCGAACAUUAUAAACUUCCUUGAACUUGAGGAUUUUAAAAUUUACCCAUCCUUUCUGUCAAGAGAGAACCGUUGAUACAAAACAGUUCAACUUUACAAUACAUGUAAAGAUGGCUACUUGCUUGCAUGCUCUGUGUUUGGCUCUCCCAUUAUUGAUAAAUUUUGCUGUCCACAGCCCUCUAUGCAGUGUAAAUUUUAUACCAGAUGAAAGGUUAGUGGUUGCUGAUCAGAAUGGUUGUUUUCCUGAUGGAUUUGCUGCUGAGAAAGACGGGUUAUGUCGUGUUUUCCCAUCAGAAUUUCCUCAACUUCUACCAGUCUUCAAAGGCAGUUGCAUCAUGCAGUCCACACCUGGCCGAUUCCAUUGUCACGACCAUGCCACCCUUUGUCCACUCCUGCAUUCAAUGGACUACACCAAGCUACAUGUACAUGUACCUGCCUGUGUGCAUCCAAUAUGGCUGACCAUCAAACUAUCUAUUGGAUACCACAGCUCUAGAAGUAGGUUUGGCAAAGCUUCAAUUAACUAUUAUCCAAACUCUACAGCUACAUUUAAUCUACCCCUUGCAAUGUCUGGAGACAUUGAAGUCAAUCCUGGUCCUGUUACGGACCCCUGUGGUAAUUGUAAUCGCCCAGUAAAAUCCAACCAAAGAUCUCUCCUAUGUGAAGAUUGCAGCCUGUAUUGGCAUCAGAAGUGUAUUCCUGAGAUGAACAUUACCCAGUACACCCUGCUCAUCUCAAGUACAAUUGACUGGUUUUGUCCCAACUGUUUGAGUGCAUCACUGCCAUUUUCUUCAUGCAGUGACACUUCAUUCCAAGAAGCUUUUGCCGACUUGCCAAACUCCUCUCAUCCAUCAGUUGACAUCAGAAGACUUCCAAGUGUAUCCGAUAGCACCCUAUCAGCCCCAACCGCAUCCCCUAGUCACCUAUCUGGGCUGUUAUUUAAUGCUCGCAGUGUCCGAAACAAGGGUUUGGAUCUUGCCACUUCAAUCGCCUCUUCGACCCCACCUGACAUCCUGGCUCUGACGGAGACUUGGCUCAAGGAACACGAUUCGGACGCCAUCUUUGGACUCCCUGACGACUACUUGAUCUUCCGUAAGGACCGUCCCUCUCGCGGUGGUGGCAUCUUGACUGCAGUCAAAGCAAACCUUCAUCCUGUCCACCAUGCCAAGUUUGACUCCCCCGAUCUUGAACUCUUGUGGGUGUCGUUAUCCUGCCAGCGAGCUUGUCACCGACAUCACUCAUCCCCUUGUAGUGAUGAUACCAUUUCUUCUGGGUCCACUAUCGACUUGGUCUUCAGUAGUUCUCCACAUAACUUUGUAUCCGUUGAGACUGUUCCCAACCCUGUUACCAGCGAUCACCUUGCCGUUCAGUUCGUCACUCGUCUGAACACUUCUCCUCCGCAUCCCUCUGUUGUUAGACAGUUUUUGUCUUACAAUCCUGAUUCUAUCUCUCAUCACAACGCUCUCCUCCAAUAUGCACCCUGGGAUCUUGUUUUUGACAAAGAUGACAUCAACUCUUCAUGGGAAGGUGUUUUGGAUCUGAUUAAUGCUGCUGUUAAAGACGCCAUUCCUGGUUCUAGGAAGCGGACAAGGAAAAUAAACAAUUCUCCAUGGGUUGAUGCUGACCUGAAACAUUUGUGCUCUGUAAAGCCUCUGUCUAGUAUUAACUUCUCAGUUGAUGAUAUUCAGCGUACCUUAUCUUCCUUACCUCUGGGGAAGGCUCCUGGUCCAGAUGGAAUCAACGCUAAAUUCUUGCGUAACACAGUUUCUACAAUCUCUCCGGUUCUCUGUAGAAUCUUCAAUGAUUCCAUUGCCUGUGGACGCCUUCCCCGUGGUUGGAAGCUUGCCAACAUCACCCCUGUGUUUAAAUCUGGUGACCGUUCCCUUCUUAGUAACUAA